AUGCCUUGGUCAUUAUUAUCUCCUAAACGUAACAUAAAUCAUCUGGAUUUAUUUUCUGAUUCUAUUCAAAAAUCAGAAAAAAAUACCAAUGAAAAAUAUAAAUGUCAAGAAUUAUCAAUACCAAAAAGCAAUUCAUUAUUAACAAGCCUGAAUCGUGUUUGUUUUUAUUGGAAACAAAUUAUUUAUAAUAGAAUUCGUUCUAUAUUAACUCUUGUACUCGUUAGUAUCCUUAAUACCUGGGCACGAUUAACUUAUUUUACUAGGCAAACAACAUUCGAUCGAUCAACACCUUCAUUACCAUGGAUGGCAAUUUUAUCAUCAAUUAGAACAUUUGAAGUGAGUAAAUAA